AUGGCUACUGAUGAGAGAGCUGGGGCUGAAAUUGUUCGCGGAAAGGAGUCCUGCGAGAAAUUUUCGGCGGAUUUGAAGAAAGAAUUGGGAUUCCCUAGUGGUGUUCUUCCCAUGGGAGAGCUAGAAGAAUGUGGGAGGGUGAAAUCCACAGGCUUUGUGUGGUGGAAAUGUAAGGCCCCCUAUGAGGUUAUCAAUGUGCCACUCAACAACAUCAAGACCAGCUAUGCUAUUGAGACCACAGCAUAUGUGGAGAAGGGGAAGAUAAAGAAGAUUAAUGGAUGGAAGGCCAAGACCCUGGUGUGGCUUUCCAUAGUAGAGUUAUGCUUAGAAGGUGAUAAGAUCGCCUUCAAGUCAUCUGUGGGGACUAGCAAGUCCAUCCCCCUCAUCAACUUUAUGAACGAAGAAGAAAAGAAGGCUUAUCAAAAAUAA